AAGGCGAUCGGAGGGAUGAGUUUUUUCAAUGUCUGGUGGACGCCAGGAGAGACGCUCGUCCUUGUGAUAACUCUCCUCGUAAAAGCGCCUGUAAAGGCACGUACGGGAUGGCUCCCAUUUCACCCGGAUGGUAUGUGUAUCAAUCUCGCGCGUACAACUCGGCUGAAUUGA